AUGUCAGAACAUAAUUUCUCGGUUACGGUCCCAAUGUUCACCGAAUAUGCAAAUGGGAUUUUAAGACAAAAAAUCAACAAACAGGAGGCUGCGGACGAGCAAACAAUCAAGGUUGGGAAGAAUUGGGUGGGGGAACAUUUUCAACGAUGGAAAGACACAUAUGAGACUGUGCGUUCUAAGCGUCUCCACCACGCUCGGGCACAAGCCAACAUCGACCACCAUUUCUAUAACGAUUACUUUGAAAAGUUGAGGACAGUCCUUACCGAAUACAAUAUCCAAGGUCGGGACAUUUACAAGCUAGAUGAGAAAAGCUUUCGCCUUGGAGAAGCAGCUCUAUGUACAGUUAUCGUCAAGAAAGGACACCCGGAACAAGCAAACUUCAACGCAUCUGCAACACAAAGCCAAAUAGAAAAAGAGUUUUUACUGAAAGUAGAUUAUGUACAGGAGAAAGGUCGAGAGGUUAUGGGGGAGGCCAAGGUCUUAGAGAAAGUCGUAGUGCGAACAGAGGUCGGUCUACAACCUCCAGACCUCGUGAACCUUUUGAAGAAUUGGAAUUGGGGCACUUCAACGAGUGGCCCAACUACCCUGAAGGUGUACCGGGUCUGGAGGUUGAUGGGACGCAGGUUGAAAGUCCAUAACGGGUUGUAG